UUGAGAGAGCACAAUCACUUGCUUAAACUUCACUCCGAGAGUUACGAUUAUGGCAUUGAAUUUGAGCAUGUUACCAUUGCUCUGCGUUUUGUCUCUUUUUGUUACCUCGGCCAUCACAAUUACUCUUUCCAAGAGCGUUGCACCCAUUCAUGACGUUUCUUAUCUCAACCGGAGCAGUUUCCCGCAAGGCUUUAUUUUCGGGUCAGCAUCCUCAGCAUAUCAGUAUGAAGGUGCUGCAAGGGAAGGUGGAAAAGGACCGAGUAUAUGGGAUACUUUCACUCAUAAAUACCCAGAAAAAAUAAAAGAUGGAAGUAAUGGAGAUGUAGCGGACGACUCAUAUCAUCGGUAUAAGGAGGAUAUUGGAAUCAUGAAGUAUAUGAAUUUGGAUGCUUAUAGAUUUUCCAUUUCAUGGUCUAGGGUACUACCGAAAGGAAAGCUUAGUGCAGGUGUAAAUCAUGAAGGAGUAAACUACUACAACAACCUCAUCAAUGAGCUCAUGGCUAAUGGUCUGCAACCAUAUGUGACCCUUUUCCAUUGGGACGUUCCCCAAGCCUUAGAGGAUGAGUAUGGUGGUUUUUUAAGUCCUCACAUUGUAGAUGAUUUUAGGGACUAUGCUGAACUUUGCUUCAAGGAAUUUGGCAAUAGGGUGAAACAUUGGAUUACUUUGAAUGAACCGAGGAGUGUGAGCAAGAAUGGCUAUGCAAAUGGCAGGUUUGCACCUGGUCGGUGUUCUGAUUGGCUAAAACUGAAUUGCACAGGUGGUGAUUCCGGAACUGAGCCCUAUUUGACUUCGCACAACCAACUUCUUGCUCAUGCUGCAGCAGCCAAACUGUAUAAGACCAAGUAUCAGACAUCUCAAAAGGGUUUAAUAGGGAUUACCUUGAAUUCUGACUGGUAUGUGCCGGUUUCUAAAGAGAAAUCUGAUCAAGACGCUGCACGUAGGGGCCUUGACUUCAUGUUUGGAUGGUAUAUGGACCCACUCACAAAAGGUGAGUAUCCAAAAACCAUGCGAUCUAUGUUGGGAAACCGGCUACCAGAGUUCUCCAAAGAAGAAGCCAGGCAACUAAAAGGAUCAUUUGAUUUUCUGGGCCUAAACUACUACUCAUCCUUUUAUGCUGCCCAUGCACCCCACCAACGUGGUGCCAGACCAACCUUACAAACUGAUGCUCUUGUUAAUGUUACAAAUCACCAUGACGGCAAGCCCCUUGGUCCAAUGGCUGCUUCUAACUGGUUGUGCAUUUAUCCACGAGGAUUCCGGCAACUGUUGCUUUUCAUCAAGAAGCAAUACAACAACCCCUUAAUUUACAUUACUGAAAAUGGUUAUGACGAGUUCAACGAUCCAACACUAUCACUUGAAGAAAGCCUUUUAGAUACUUACAGAGUCGAUUACUUAUAUCGUCAUCUUUAUUAUCUUCAAACUGCAAUCAAGGAUGGCGUGAAUGUAAAGGGAUAUUUUGUAUGGUCAUUGCUGGAUAAUUUGGAGUGGAACUCUGGCUAUACUGUGCGAUUUGGACUCGUCUUCGUGAAUUUCAGGGAUGGCUUGAAAAGAUACCCAAAACUCUCGGCACAUUGGUUCAAGAAUUUCCUCACUAAAUCUUAGUUAGACAUUGGUUUCGAAGAAAAUGAGAUGAAAUUCAGGUUAAAAAAUAAGUAAUAUGUACUCAUUCGGUUCUCUGGGGAAAAAGAUUUGUAACUAACAAAAAUUUGGAGCAGAUGGUUGAAUUAUUAUUUUUUUGGGUUACAAUGCUAAAUAUCUAUUAAGUCUUAUUGGAGAACUUGUGGACUAUC